AUGGCGAUGGCGAUGGCGAUGGAGGUGAUGCUGAUGAUGCUGGUGAUGAUGAUGAUGAAGGUGAUGAUGGUGAUGGUGAAGAUGAUGAUGACUGUGACAAUGCUGAUGGUGGAGAUGGCGAUGACGGUAAUGAUGGUGAUGGUGAAAAUGGCGAAUAUGAUGUUGAUGAUGAUGAUAGUGGAGGUGGCGGGGCCAGAGGCUUGCAGCCACAUCUAUCAGUAUGAGUUUUUCGACAGACUUGUUGGCAGAUCCCAAGAAAGAGGAGCCGCCAUCGUCGAGGAGCUCCAAAAGACCGCGAGCCAGCAAGGCGCCGCCAGCGAUGGCAGCGUCUACACCUUCCGAGCCCUUGAUGCUUUCUCCAUGCCGGCAUGCAGAGCACUGGCUGAUGACCUCCUGAGAUCAGAAGCGCCCUUGGACUACUUGGUGCUCACGCAGGGAAUGGCCACUCUGCAGGGCUACACGCCCACAGCUCCAGAGAAGGGUGGUCUGGAUGAGAAGCUCACCUUGCACUACUACUCCAGGGCCUUGCUGAUGGAUUCCCUGGCGCCUCUUCUGCAGAAGUCGAGCGAUGGGCGCUGUUUGUCCGUCCUAAGCGGUGGUAUUCACAGUGCUUACGCAGGCUACGUGGAGGACCCCGACCUGUCAAAGAGCUAUUCCUUGACGAAGGCAGCGAACCUCGCAGGCUUCUACAACGACAUUGCGGUGGAUGCGCUGAGCAGCGCAUACCCAGGUGUGAGCUUCAUGCAUGCAGCCCCGGGCUUCGUGGCCACUUCUUGGGGCACCGAAAUGCCGCCGUUCGUCAAGGCCUUGGUUCGGCUGUUGCAGAACUUGGGUCGGUCGAAGGAAGAUGCCGCUGAGUACAUGUUCAGGAGCCUCUAUCAUGAUGAUUUCAAAGGAGGUGGCUUCUACAUCGUGAACCAGUACGGCGAGAGCACUGAAACGCUGACGAGCCUCCACAAAGAAGCCAAGGACGCUGUCUGGAGCCACAGCAAAGAGAUAUUGGCGAAGUUUUGA